CAUUUCAUAUUUUUCUGCAGGUCGUGCGCGUUGAAUUAUCAGCAAUAAUUACUCCAAAGUAUCGUCCGUUGCAGAUUUGUCAACCAGUGGACUAAUUAAUUCUCUUGAACUCCGAUGCUAUCAGGCUAUAAAGAUUUUUCUAUUUAUUCAAUCUGAAAUACCCGAGAGCAUGCAAAUGAUGAUACUUUGGGGGUACUUUCAUUUUCGACGAUGUGAAAUCUUCACGAGAAGACAGAUGUCGACUGAUAAUUUCAACUCGUAAAUUGUUAGACAGGGUGUCGUAACAUGUCGGGUCCUCGUGUGAUGUCUGUUGGAUUGGCCUGCGUGGACAUUGUAAGCGUCUGUAAAAAUUAUCCCGAGGAAGACAGCGAUCAAAGAGUUUUAGAUUUCUAUUGGCAGAAGGGCGGCAAUGCUGCAAACACUAGUUCUGUUCUGUCGUUACUGGGAGCCCGAUCUGAGUACAUGGGGAACUUUGCUAACGAUAAUGAAAUGAGAUUUUUGAAAGAGGACUUUGAGAGCUUUGGAGUGUCCACUGCCCACUGCCGUACAUAUGAUACCGGAUAUAUUACCCCAACAUCUAUCAUUAUCAUGAACUCACAAAAUGGAUCCAGGACCAUUCUACAUGCCAGCAAGAAUUUACCAGAAGUGACUUUGGAAGACUUCAAAGCUGUUGAUCUGAAAAAUUAUAAAUGGAUACAUUUUGAGGGAAGGCCGUGUUUUAACACCCCAACUUAUGAAAUAGUUAGGAUGUUAGCUCACAUUGAUGAAUACAACCAGUCAUUGUCUGAAUCAGAACAGGUCCAAACUUCUGUGGAGCUUGAGAAACCAGCCAGACCAGAAUUGGAUCAGCUUCUAGAUAAGGCAAACUAUGUGUUUGUCAGCAAGGAAUACAGCCAGAAUAAAGGACUGAACAGUAAAGAGGAGGCAGUCAACGCAUUUGUAAAGAGGUGCAGGAAAGGAGCUUCAGUCAUCUGUGCCUGGGGUGAAGAUGGUGCUGCAGCCAUUGAUUGUGAAGGUCAGCUGGUUACCUCCCUUUGUUUUCCUCCCGAGAAACUCUGCGACACUUUAGCAGCAGGAGAUACAUUUAAUGCGGCCACUAUUUUCGCUCUUACCAAGGGCACAAAACUUUGUGAUGCCAUUACAUUUGGAUGUAAAGUGGCAGGUGCAAAGUGUGGGAUGCAGGGCAUUAGAGGACUGAAAAAUAUUAACCUUACAUGAGUUUUUGUGGCUUUUACAUAGUUCAAAGUUUUUUUAUUCAAUAUUGUUAAUGUGUUUCUGAAAAGUUUUGUUGUAGAUAAAUUUUGGCAAUUAUUUUGGAGGUUUUUGGUUUACAAAAAAGAAAAUUCUCAUAAAAACAAACUUUAAUAUCAUGCCUUCUAAAAAGCUUGAUGCACAAAAGAUAAAGUGCUAAUAAUCUAACCCAAUUUCACAGAAAUAAAUCUAAUCAAAUAUUUUCAGAUUUACAUUAUCUAUAGUCAGUGUUUAAGAUGAUGUCACAGAUCUGAAUACCCUUGUCAUUUGAUUGUAAAAUUUAUGUUUUUCAUUUGGAGAAUUACUUGAUGAUAAACUGUACACAAUU